AUGAACAACAAUAUCACAAGGAGUACAGAACAGUGGAAGGAAGACAGCAGGCUGCAGAUGAUAGAGAAAAGGCAUCUUCAGAUCAGCAAAGCAAGUCCUCCCUCUUGGAAAAUGACCUUGCUAAAUGUCUGCAGCCUUAUAAAUAACCUGAACAGCCCAGCUGGGGAAGUAGGAGAUAUGCAUGAAGAUGAUCUUGUUGGAAAAAGGAAACUGCCUGUUGUUCUGGAUGGCUUUAGCUUGGAAGCAAUGCUGACCAUAUUCCAGCUCCAAAAAAUCUGCCACAGCAGGGCCUUUCAACACUGGGAGAUCAUUCAGGAAGACAUUCUUGAUAAUGGCAAUGAGAAAAAUGAGAAGGAAGAAGUGAUAAAGAGAAAAAUCCCUUAUAUUCUGAAAAGGCAGCUGUACGAGAAUAAACCUAGAAGGCCCUACAUACUCAAGAGAGGCUCCUACUACUACUGAUAAGCUAGUACUUGACACGUGAUUGUGAUUGGUCACCCUUUAUCUAGACAUGUAGUCAUAUGUUUAUCUAGAUAUAUAAUUAUGUGUGUGUGAAUGUGACAGAACUUGAUUAUUUCAGCUCUUGCACAAUUGUGGUUUAUUGGAUGUUAUUUUUCUGCAUUCAUGUAAAUUGAACUAAAUGUUUUCAAAUAAAUGCAGAUCCUGAGCAUGAUGUGUUCUCUAUAAUUGGAAUAGAUACUAAUCAUAUCACAUAAUAGAAUGUUUUGUAAUUUUGCAAAAUACAUUACAGGAUGUCUGAACAGUCAUCACAUUUGGCAUUUUAUAUGAAACUGUAAGAGAUUUUAGCAAAGUUGAGCACACAUCAUUUUCCCAAAGCAGAACAAUGAACAUUUUGAUCAUCUGAUUGUUUUAUUUUUAAUUGAAAGAAAUAUACACUGCUUUCCAAAAACCCACUGGCUUAUCUCUCAGUACAAAGGGAAGCUACUGUCAUGUAAGGCACAACUGAAAGAAUUGUUAAUGAAACAUUGUUCUUAUGCUUAUCUCAGUGUAUCUUUACGUAUUUUGCCUGUCAAAAUGAAUUUGAUAGCUAAUAAAAUUCAGC